AAGAAAUGUCAGCAACUGGGAAUUUUGAAGGAUUCCAGCCUGUGUCUUUGAAGCAAGAGGGAGAUGACCAACCCUCUGAGACUGAUCGCCUGUCCGUGGAGGAGGGGGACCCUGACCCUGGCAAGCAUCCAGUGCCAAGGCGGAUUUCAAGGCAGUCAAGUGUGACUGAAUCAACACUUUACCCCAAUCCUUAUCACCAGCCUUACAUCUCACGGAAGUACUUCGUUACACGGCCAGGGGCCAUGGAGACUGCCAUGGAAGACUUGAAAGGCCACAUAGCUGAGACUUCUGGAGAGACCAUUCAAGGCUUCUGGCUACUGACAAAGAUAGAUCACUGGAACAACGAGCAGGAGAGAAUUUUGCUGCUCACAGACAAGACUCUCUUGAUCUGCAAAUAUGACUUCAUCAUGCUCAGCUGUGUGCAGCUGCAGCGGAUUCCUCUAAGCGCUGUCUGUCGCAUCUGUCUGGGCAAGUUUGCCUUCCCUGGGAUGUCACUGGACAAGAGACAAGGAGAAGGCCUCAGGAUCUACUGGGGGAGUCCAGAGGAGCAGUCCUUGUUGUCCCGCUGGAAUCCGUGGUCCACUGAGGUUCCGUAUGCUACUUUCACUGAGCACCCUAUGAAAUACACCAGUGAGAAGUUCCUCGAAAUUUGCAAGUUGUCUGGGUUCACAUCUAAGCUUAUUCCAGCUAUCCAGAAUGCCUGCAAGGAUGCCACUGGGUCUGGAAAAGGAAGGAGACUGAUGGUGUUAACUGAACCCAUUUUGAUUGAGACCUACACUGGGCUGAUGUCAUUCAUCGGAAACCGCAACAAACUUGGCUAUUCCCUUGCCCGUGGGAGUAUUGGUUUUUGAAACUCUUUUUUGGAACCAUAAGUAUGUCAUCCACAAAUAUGUCAUUAUUGAAGAUUCCAUUUCAGCCCACCAUAUUUUUGGACUGAAACAAUUGAUUACUUUUAAAUAGUACUACAUUAUUUUGAGCAUUCAGUGUUUCAGGAAAUCUAAAAGCUUGACUGGACAGAUAGAUCCACACAUUUCAGACCUCAUAUAAGAAUGAUAAAAUUUCCUUAAUACUAGAAAAUAAAUACUGCUAAGCCCAUCAAA